UUUUCCAUCAGGGAGAGCACAUCUCUACAACAUCAAAAUCGUCGUAAACAAUAACCCAGAAGCAUAAUCAGAAACCUAGGAGACAACCAUGCGUGAAUGCCUGUCCAUCCACAUUGGCCAAUGCGGGACCCAAGUGGGGAACGCGUGCUGGGAGCUCUACUGCCUGGAACAUGGCAUCCAGCCGGACGGACAAAUGCCUUCGGACAAGACGAUCGGCGGGGGCGACGACUCGUUCAACACCUUCUUCAGCGAGACUGGCGCCGGCAAGCACGUGCCUCGAGCGGUCUUUGUGGAUCUGGAGCCCACAGUGGUGGACGAAGUCAGGACAGGGACAUACCGACAACUCUUUCACCCCGAGCAGCUCAUCUCAGGCAAAGAGGACGCAGCCAACAACUACGCCCGAGGUCACUACACUGUGGGCAAAGAAAUUGUUGACCUGGUCCUAGAUCGGGUCCGGAAACUGGCUGACCUCUGUACUGGCCUGCAAGGAUUCUUGGUCUUCCAUAGCUUCGGAGGCGGCACAGGCUCAGGGUUCACAUCCCUGCUCAUGGAAAGACUCUCUGUGGAUUAUGGGAAAAAAUCCAAAAUAGAGUUCGCGGUGUACCCGUCCCCCCAGAUCUGCACGGCCAUUGUAGAGCCAUAUAACUCUGUCCUGGUGACGCACACAACGCUAGAGCACUCAGACUGCGCAUUUAUCGUGGACAAUGAGGCCAUCUAUGACGUAUGCCGCCGUAACCUUGACAUUGAGCGGCCCACGUACACCAACUUGAACCGGCUGUUGGCUCAAAUCGUCUCUUCCAUCACCGCCUCUCUGCGCUUUGACGGCGCCAUUAACGUGGAUCUGCAAGAGUUCCAGACCAACCUGGUCCCUUACCCACGGAUCCACUUCCCCUUGGUGAUCAUGGCGCCCAUUAUCUCGGCAGAGAAAGCCUAUCACGAGCAACUGACCACUGCAGAGAUAACCAGCUCGUGCUUCGAGCCUGCCAACCAGCUGGUCAAGUGUGACCCCCGUCACGGCAAGUACAUGGCCUGCUGCAUGUUGUACCGCGGUGACGUAGUACCCAAAGACGUCAAUGCCGCUAUCGCCACGCUCAAGACAAAGAGAACCAUUCAGUUUGUGGACUGGUGUCCAACUGGCUUCAAGGUGGGCAUCAACUACCAGCCCUCCACCGUGGUGCCAGGAGGUGACCUCGCCAAGGUUCAGAGGUCAGUCUGCAUGAUGGCCAACACCACAGCCAUAGCAGAAGCCUGGGCCAGACUGGACCACAAGUUUGACCUGCUGUACGCCAAGAGAGCCUUUGUCCACUGGUAUGUUGGAGAAGGAAUGGAGGAGGGCGAGUUUUCGGAAGCCCGCGAAGAUCUAGCUGCUCUGGAGAAAGACUACGAGGAAGUUGGUCUGGACUCAGUGGAGGGAGAAGGAGAAGGAGGCGAUGAGGAGUACUAAAUGUGCUCUCCCCCACACCAGCUGGUGAUGCGUCUACUUCGUGAUGUACACACACCAUUGCUCUGGCUUGAACUCCUGGAUGAUAUACCAUAGAAUUCGUUUUGGGGCAGACGUGUCCAUGGGCAAAAAUUUGUAGGAAAAGGGGAUAUGGUGGUAUGUAGGUUUACCUGUAUCUAAAUGUGUAGUGUAGAUAGAAAGUCUUCUCGGAUUGACGAUGAAGGUGGCACAGCGAAACUCUGAGGUCACUUCCAGUGGGCUGGGGUACUUUGUACACCCUGGUGUCUGCUCGUCACAUUUGAGCCUAUGUCCGGUGGGUCGCCUUAGGCGCUCACAAGUCUCCAGGUGUGCCUCUGUGUUGCCCGGAGUACUGCGCGACGUACGUGGGCUUAUGGCGGAUGGCCAGAGGCUGUGGUCUUUAGGCCGCUUCACCGGAACCGGAAGUGCAUCCUUGUUAGCAUGCACGCUACGUGAUACGAAGCCUUUAGUUUCUUCUGGAAACCUGUACAGUGUGUGUCAUUCCUCAACCAUUAGGGUUGAAUUAGCUUAUCUAUGUUUAUAUAUUUAUAUAUCCCACUAUUCGUAUCAUAUUAUUAUUAUAUCUGAUUAUUCUCGUAUUUAUUAUCGUUCUAUAUAUUUCAAACCGUUUUUAUAUUCGUUUGACACCGCUGUGCAGAGCUGACCAGUUAGAGACUGGACCCAGACUCUCUCUGUCCGUCCUUGCACGCGUUCUCGCGGACAUGUGACCUAGUGUGACCUAUGACUCCAGCCUAAAGGUCAGUGAACUUUUGAAUUGCGCAGUGUGGCCUCUGUCGUAGUCUUUGACCUUUCAGGGCACGUCUGCGGUCAGUGUAAGGGACUAGAAUGAAAACUUGGGGUGGGGGUAGCCAGAUUCUGAAUUAAGGUGACCAAUCCUGGUCCGAUGGGUGUCACUCUCGAGUGACCUUGAGUCUAAGCAUUGGUCUUGUGCACGAAGCAACAAGUCAUCUCCUGGUUUCUUCGUGCCGUUAAAAGUAUGUCCACGGGUGUGUCUGGUCAGUGAGACACGUGCAUCUGCAUCACGAUACAGUGUGAAGGCGCCCAGACAGUUCCCGGUUUCAACAAAAGGCAACACGAACAUGUCUCAGUACACAUACAACAUAAAAACAAACAGAUCAACAUACUCUGUAAGAAUGAAUCGAAUCUAAAUAGUCUGUGGGAAUCCCCGUUCUGGGAACUCAUCACAUCAUAAACCUGUGGAAUAAAUCUCAGGACAAACAUU